AUGGCUCCGCUGAUCAGUUCAUGGCUGUCCGCAUCAAAGAACUUGUUGAACAAGCAGGUCAUCGCUACCGUCAAUGAGCUGAACCGCGAUUAUCAUCUUGCUAUCCAGAUCCCCGACGCCAGUCAAGGUUCUGCCUCUGCCCCCAGGCGACCGAAACAGAAUGCAGCAUUCGCCCGGAGCGACGAGAUUGUGCGUCUCCUGACGUAUCUCUCCUCUGAGCAAUCGUUCUUACUGGACAAAGUCUUGCACUCAUUCGGUUGGGAGGCCCUCGCAGCCAGCGAGAAAUGGAUUCGCCCCUAUGAUUGCCGCGAUCCGAGUCUCGCAACGACACAAAAGCCCAAGGCCGGCUCCCCAGGCGAGAUGUUGGAACUCCAGAUGGUACUCCUCGAUGUCCUGAAAAAGGCAGCCCACACCAUCACGGUCCAUGAGCAAAGCAUGGCGACAGCAGGCACACAUGUUGAAGUUUUUCAGCCUAAAAGAGAAACGCCCGCAGAGGUAGACAGUCCGAAUGAAGGCGGUGCUAGAUCAGUAGGCAGCGUCGUCAGGAAUACAAGCUCAGAGCACCCACUAGCAGAUUCUACUGCAAAGGCGCUCCCCGCUGGGACCCAGGAGACAAUCCCCGAGCAAGUGAAUUUGCGGAAUCCAACGGCUCCUCAAGAUGUUCCAAAUAAUUCCUUCCCAGGGUCUAUUGUCAACGUAUCGACGUGGUUACACGCCCAUCCAACCCCUGGCGAGGGCUCUCCUGUUCUCUCGACUGUCUACACGGAGAUUUCAGGCAUUGAUGACCCAAACCUAUAUGAGCCAAUCUGUUGUGUCUCGAUGCCUACAGAGCCAGCCAAUCUUCAGUGCCGGCUCGAUGCGACCUGGCCAAAAUUCCCACAUUGGCUUAUACAAGCUCCUUUCGCUAUUGCAUGGGAGAUCACCCGUAUUGCGCUCCACUGUGAUGUUGAUCUUGAUGAGAUUAUCCUGUCUUACGAUGAAACGUGGAGAGACUACGACACUCUAUACCGCGUCCUUCGAGAGCAACAUCCAUUCAAUGGGAAGUGUUUCCCCGAAAGGCCAACACUUGACGCUUGGACAACAGGUCUAAGCGGCUUUGAGUCGUCAAAUGGGCAGCAUGUCUCUUUCGCGGCCUCUCUCGUUCAAACAAAGAACGCUAGAUCUGGCCCAAUAUUCUCCCUGAAAUUGGAGCCGGCCAUAUUGGAUCAAGGAUGCCGUCUGCACCGCAAAUUUGGAUCUGAUCGAUUCCUUGAAAUAGUGGUCCCGUCACCGAGCUCAUGGACGACUCCGAUCAGAGAGCCCGAUGUAUCUCGAGAGGUGAUCGGCUGGCUUUCUUUUCAAGUGCAUCACCUAGCCGGCAGACAGUGGCGAGCUUUUUACGCAAGGGACGCAGGGCGCAAGAUUCUUCAGACGAACGUGUUUUUGGAUCCACGUCCGAGAAGCAUUCUGCAAAAAAGGCUGAGCUAUUUUGCUGAAGACGGAAUCAACUUCGACGACGGUCCUUCUCCCGACCACCGGCCCGUGCACAUCUUCAGAGAGUCGCGACCCAAACUGGAGGUUGGGGAGAUGCUCGACUGGCUCUUGCAGUUGGAUCGCAACGGUCACCAACCUUACCGUAAGCUGUUUGCCCGCAUACAACUGGGUCUCACCAAAACGACCGCAGUAGCUUGUCUGGAUCAGUAUCAGAUACGACACCAACAGAAAAAUAUCGAAUCACCAACCAAGAAAGUGAUGAAUGAUGGCAUUGGCCGCAUGUCGCUAUCUCUUGCCCGUAAGGUCAGGGACGUUCUUGGGUUGAGCGACAUUCCUUGUACGAUACAGGGUCGUCUGGGCUCUGCCAAAGGCGUGUGGAUCGUCGACGUCGAAGACACUGGAAGCGAUAUUUGGAUAGAGACCUGGCCCUCACAAAGAAAGUGGGACUGCGACUUCAUCCAACAGGAGUAUCGGACCCUGGAGAUUAAGAAUGUUGCUGCAGAGCCUCGAUCCGCCAGCCUCAACAUUCAGUUUCUCCCCAUUCUGGAAGAUCGUGCCAUAGACAAGCAGGCCAUGAGGAAAGUUGUGGGAGACAAUCUCCUCCACCAGCUCAGCGACGAAUUCAAAGUCCAGAAAGAUGCCCUCAAGCAUCCGCUACAAUUUCGGCAAUGGGUGAAUGAAAAUUUCGCCGCUAGGAAGGAACGUAUGACGCAAAACAGCGUGCCGUUCCUGGCCGGGCUCCCCGAAUCCAAAGAAGAACAGCUAACUUAUUUGAUCGACGGCGGCUUCGAACCAACCAAACAGAAAUUCAUGCAAGACAUGCUACGGGAGCUUCGGCGCGCGAGAUGUAAAAAUCUGCUAAAGAAGAUGAACAUCAAGAUCCCAAGCUCAGCGUAUUUGUACAUGGUGGUCGACUUCUGGGACAUCCUCGAAGAGAACGAGGUGCAUAUAUGCUUCUCAUCUACGUUUCGAACCGAAAGCUUCUCGGACUCCAUGCUGCAUGAAUGCGAUGUUCUUGUCGCACGAUCUCCGGCGCACAUCGCUAGCGAUAUACAGAAGGUCAAAGCCGUUUUCAAGCCGGAGUUGCGCGCAUUGAAAGACGUCGUCGUAUUCUCGGCAAAAGGAGACAUUGCGCUUGCCGACAAGCUUUCAGGCGGCGACUAUGAUGGAGACAGGGCUUGGGUAUGUUGGGAACCAGCUAUCGUGUCUAAUUUUGAGAAUGCCGCUAUACCGGCCAAACCAGACAUUUCGAAGUACCUCAGGAAGGAUGAAACGUCGUACGGAGACCUCACUCGAGGAAUUGACAAGCCUCUAGCAGCUUUGGCAAUGAUCACUCGUGGUAUUGUCUUCAACAUGCAACCGAGCUUUUUGGGAAUCGCUACUAAGUUCAAGGAACAACUCUGCUACAACUUGAACGAUGUAGACAAUAAGCAGGCUCUCUUAUUGAGCGCACUUCUUGGGAGCCUGGUCGAUCAGUCGAAGCAAGGGUUCGAGUUCACAGAAAGGGACUGGCGAUCAUUUGAAAGACAGGUCCUGAACGGAUGUGCAAUCCAGAAAAUGAUCCAACCAGCUUACGAACACGAAACCUGGAUGGGCGGAGGCGACCCUGUCCACAUCAUCGAUCACCUGAAGUUUUCGGUCGCAAAACCCAAUAUCGAAGAAGAACUGCGCAAGCUCAACCGAGACACGAGCUUGAGUCCUAGUCCUAGCCGCGAGUUGGUAACCCUGCCGUCAAGCACCGAGGUGGUCCCCAACGCAGAGUAUUGGGACGCUGAUCUGGGAGAGCCAUACAACGAAGUUGAAAGGCUAGCAUCAACGUUCUUGGUGCUCAAGAAUGUCUUGAGAAAUUUGAAUGAGGACUUAGAGGCAAUCAAAACAAAGUGGACCACUAGUAUGGCCUCAGUCAAAGACGAAAACGAGCGUCCGAGUCUCAUGGUGGACGUCUUCAAAGAGUGGUGCGCCAUCGAACCCAGGGCCGACCGAGAACUCGACCCUUGGUUGGUGGCAUACCUGAAGCCAUCACAUGCACCCGAGGGGCUCUCAAUGUGGGCUUUGAUUCGAGCCAGUGCCUCGUUCAAGCGCUGGUAUCGGCACAAACCAAAACUGCUGUGGCGUAUGGCUGGCAUUCAGCUGCAAUUCAUCAAGUCAAUGGCCUCGCGUGACAAAACUCCUGUCACCGUGUUACCGAGUAUGUACGCGGCCCUAAAACCUGACAGUAAAUUCAUCAGUCAGGCCGUCUCCAGAAUGAAGGAGGGCAUGCAGUACUCUGGGGUUGAAUUCCGCGAUGAUACCGCAGACGACGAAUGA